AUGAGAGCGUUAGAGUGGCUAAGACCUAUUGUAGAGACGAUGGCAUGGGACUACUGCAUUGCUUGGCAAUUUAGUGAUGAUCCUUCUAGGUACAUUGAGUGGACUGGUUGUUGUUGUAAUGGUAGCCAAGGUGUUUGUAGAAAUGUCAAAGAGGAAAUUGAUGCAACAAAGCAACAUUUUCCUCAAUUAUGCAGAGAUACUUACAUCAAACACUCUUUGAAGACAAAAGCUUGCGAGAAACUAGCUAAGAUUCCUUUUCAUUUGCCACUCUAUUCUGGGAUCCAUGGAGAAGUUGCAAUGUCGGCUCAACCAGCUUGGAUUCAUGAUACCCUUGGAACCCAAGUUUUGAUUCCUUUUAAUGGUGGUCUGAUUGAGCUCUACACAUCCAGACAAGUCCCGAGAGAUGAAAUCAUGAUAGAGAUGCUUACGACACAAUUCAAUACCUUUUCUGCACAACACAUUUUGAACCCAAAAAUUGAAGCAUCACCAAAUGUUUCAUACCCAUGGAGUGAAAAUUCAUCACUUGUUUCAGUGGAUUCAACUCAAGUUUCACCAACUCAAUCAGAUGUUAAUCAACCAAUAAACCUGUUGGGCUAUGAUAUUUCUGGGGAAGCAAAAGAAUAG